AUGGAGAGAAUUUUGAACGAAGCUAUUGACAAUCCAAAUGUUUACUGGUUGGAGCUAGUUGCUUUGUUUGAAAUGGAAAACACUUCCGAGUCUCAGCUCGAUCUUCCGAUCACUCCGAAGGCAUUUUUAUUCCAUUGUUUUGAUAAGGUUGAGAAAGCUCAUGAUUUAGAUAACGAUGCCAAUAUCAUGCUUAUCUCCUUUUAUCUUAAUCAUGGAAAGCCCCAAUAUCAAACUUGGAAUUCAAAGAAGAUUACUUCUGUGAAAUUCAUUGGUCCGAUUGAAACAAAAAGCAUCAUUAAUGCUCGGUUUAAAGCAUCACGAGGGCCAAGCAAAUCAAUCUUUGAAUUCACCCUUGUAUAUUUGUCGUGCCUUAAUCCAUAUGAUUGGAUUUCUUUGUUCAAUCUUUUAUCUAAAGAUGAACAUAAAUUCGUACCUAUUAUGGCGCAUCUGAAAAGGAUGUUGAUCUCUUACAUUCAUGAAAUCAGGAAAAUGGAUGUGGAGAUAACGGUUGAACUCCAAAAGAAACCCACGGUGCAACCAAAAGAAGCUCCGAACGAUGUCUCCAAGAUGAAACUCAAAAAAAUCCAUAAGGAUAAUUGGAGCAUGGGGUUUCAAGAAAAUGCUAGAUAUGGUACGAAUGUUCAGAAGUGA